UCCAGUAAACAUACAAUAACCAGCAAAAUGGCUUUCAAGCUCUGCAUCAUCGCCGCCCUCGUGGCCAUCGUCAACUGCCAGUACGGCGCCCCCGCCUACAAAGCCGCCUACGCCGCCCCCUCAUACUCCGCCCCCGCUUACGCUGCACCCGCCGUGGCCUCCGCCUACGUCUCCAAGCCAGUAGCCCCCGCAUACGCCGCCCCCGCCUACUCUGCUCCCGCCUACAAGGCCCCAUCAUACGGAUACGCCGCCGCUCCCGCCUACCACGCUGAGCCCGCUUACCCCGACGCCCACCCCGCCUACAAGUUCGCCUACACCGUAAACGACCCUCACACCUACGACAUCAAGAGCCAAGAAGAGACCCGUGACGGAGACUACGUCCAGGGAUACUACUCCCUCGUCGAAGCCGACGGCAGCAAACGUACCGUCCACUACUCCGACAAGGGACACGGAUUCGAAGCCGUCGUCAGCAAGGAAGGAGGUGCCCCCGCCUACGCCGCCCCAGCAUACUCUGCACCCGCCUACGCCGCCCCUGCCUACUCUGCCCCCGCUUACAAGAAGUAAAAUGUUCCAAAGACUAAAUCAUCUCAUUUGCCUUUCUAAGUCAUUCGCUGUACAGCGUUCGUUGUAAAUAUGUAUAAUUUAUUUCUCAUGUGAUUCCUACUUAGGUAAAUAAAUGAAUUCAGUCAACCAAAUA